UAUGCGAGACCGAUGUGGUUUGCUACAGGUACGGUACGGUACAUAGCGGGAACUGCAGCACCUCACUUCUGGGUAGGUACUGUACCUCCUAGACCUACCCAGUAACGCGUCUUCGGAACUUCUCGCCACAACACAACCGCCGACAUCACUGUCUCACCAUUCCUCCGCCCUCCAUUCCUCCAUUCUCCGCUUCCACUCCCUCUAAUGCACCAUUACGACCCCCAUCACCUCCAUCACCACGCCACAAUGACCCAUUGCCGCCAUGGCUAGCGUAUCAUCCCUACUCAAUCCGUCCGAUGGCGACAAUUCCCAUCCAUCACUACCACCAGCACCACUUGUGCCCGAUCAGCCUGCGCAGAAUGAGACGACCGAGGUAGCUCAAGAGCCAGACACUCUGUCAGGUCAAUGGCAGGAGCAGGACAGCAACACGCGAUUGGAACGUCAGCCUGUGCACGAGCUCCCACGGCCUUCCCGCUCGCCUGAGCGGUCCUCUGCCCCCGAGUCACCGCAGCAGUCCCAUGCCACACUGCCACCCAUUCACAAUUGGGCAUCUACCACUCCUCAGACGUCUGCUGUGCAGCUGUCAGGCGCAACAUCACCAGCAGACCACGCCCUCAAGUCUGUGGCCUUGUUGAAGAUGGAGUCCAGCCAGCGUGCUCAGUCGCCGCUACGCGAGUCUUCCAUACCAGUGCCAUCCACCGAGGACCCCACAAAGGAUGAGCUGCCAGUGCCCGCGAAGUCUAAGCGCCCUGCGCCUGCAAAGACUAAGAAAGGCACGGCUGCUACAGUCAGGAAAGAGAGGCCCCCGCCAGCCAAAAAGCGAAAGUUGGAGAAGUUGGACUCCAAGAGAGCAGACACACCUUCCUCGCGUGCCUCCAAAGCACCAACUGUCAAAGGGGCAAGCACCAAAGGAACUCCCAUGAACUCCUCUCCCGCGCCGUCGAUGCGAUCGAACUCGGCAGAACCGGUUGAUGAGCAGGACGAGGAAGACGAGGAUGAGGACGAUGAGGGAAGAAGUCAAGACGGCGAUCUCUAUUGCAUAUGUCGCAAGCCAGACAGUGGCACGUUCAUGAUCGGUUGCGACGGCAAAUGCGACGACUGGUUCCACGGCAAGUGUGUCAACAUUCCGGAGCGUGACAAGAAUCUUAUCGACAAGUACAUAUGUGCUAGUUGUCACGAGGCGGGCCUUGGUCCAACGACGUGGAAGAGGAUGUGCCGCCGCGAGGGUUGCAGGCAACCUGCCAAACUCAGCAAGAGUAAAUCGGGAGGUCACACUAGUAAAUAUUGCUCAGAAGAUUGUGGCGUGCUCUACUUCCAAGACUUAGCUGCCCAUGCCCGAGGGCAAGUGGAUAGCGCAGGUCGUCGAGCAGCACGGAGUCAGGACAGCCUGGAGCCCUCAGACAAGCAAAACAAAGAUGUUGAGGCUCGAGGUGGCGCCCUCGCUGCUGGCGAAGUCAAAGCUCUGUUGAAUGCCUCGCAGACGGCCGAAGAAUUCCGUCGACUGGGUGAUGGUGUACUGAGUCCACCUGCCACUCCAGACGACCUGGACGAGAAGAUUGAGGCUGCGUUUACUGAAGCAGAGAUACGUGAGCUCCAGCGCAUCGACGAGGAGAAGGAAGGCGCACGACAGCGCCACACACUGCUCAAAGACCGCAUGAAAUUUAUCACGCUGGCCAAGCAGGCUGCGAGCCGUGUGACCAUGGAGAGGGAAUUGAAGUCCAAGGAUUAUUGCGGCUAUGACCCUCGAAUGGAGUGGCCAGAGGAUCGAUUUCUGGCGUGGCGAAACUCUCCGUCAGGCAAGAAGGCUUUCGAGCUCGAUACCCUCGCCUCGGAGAGUCCGGAUAAUGUUGAUGAUCAUGAUGAUGAUGGUAGUGCACCCGUGUCGGAAAUUUGUGAUCGCAAGAAGUGCGCGCGGCAUCUUGAGUGGAGCAAGCUCACGGUGGAUCACCUGCGCUUGGAGAUGAGCGACAACGGCGACCGCAUGCGAUCACUGGACAGGGAGGAGUCCGAGAUCCGAGCACGGGCGGCACUUCGCAUCAAGACGGGAGCGCUGGGCGAUGUCGGGGGCACUGUCGAGCUGCACACUCCUCGCACCACAGUUGCGGACCCCGAGGCCAUGGUCGUGGAUGGUGCGACGAACAUGGCACCGACCCUCGAGCAGCUCAAUGCCAUGGCAGUCGACCAGGUCUGAAGCGACCUACAUGUAGCUGGCUAGUAUUCCUGUAUCACGACGGCACAUGUAUGAUACGAAGAAAUAUGAGCCCACAAGCAUGUACAUGUAAUUUGAAUGCGCACAUAUAUAUAUCUAGACAUCUACUGAUACAUGUAUUGAUGAUACAUAGCUACAGCUGGUGAUCACUUGAGCUGCAAGUGAUAGGUCUCGAGUUGCUCGGCCGUCAUCCUCGCGGGGCUCUUGACGAGCACAUCUUCCCCCUUUCCACUCUUGGGAAAAGCAAUGGCAUCACGGACCGACUCUUUCCCCAGCAUGACGGCGAUCAAUCGAUCAAACCCCAACGCCAUGCCUGCAUGAGGGGGACAGCCAGCGCGCAAGACUUCGAUCAAGUGCGUAAAGUCUUGCAUGCGUUCGUCACUCAUUCGAAGGACCUCCCGCAAAAUGUAUUCUUGCAUGGCAGCAUUGUGAAUGCGACGACUUCCGCCGCCCAGUUCCACGCCAUUCACCACGAGGUCAUAGUGGUCCGCCGUCACCUGGAGCGGAUCGGUCACGAGCAAGUCCACGUCCUCGGGCGUCUUGGGUGCGGUGAAAGGGUGGUGCGUGGCUGCAAUACCCGCAGCUCCGCCUUGACCCGGUUCGUUUUCUGCCGUGGGUGAGAAGAGAGGGAAAUCGGUGAUCCAUGUAAAGGCAAACCCGGAGGGUGGUGCCGCAAUGUAAUUGUGUCGUACUGCUGCUUUGUGCAACGCGAGACGAAGGUUGCCCAUGGGUGUCGCACCGCCGGUGAAGGGUGCGUCUUUUCUCGCUUGAAUGACCACGAGGUCGCCAUCUUCAAGAGACAGGGUUUCUUCCAGCUGCUCGGCGGCUUCGAAGCCGAACGGUUGUAGUCCUUGGAGGGGUUUGCGAGAGUCCACAAUGAAGAUACCGGGCUGGCCCUCGGGAUUCUGUAUAAAGGGUUGCGCUUCGGGUGAGUCCAUGAACGUGUUGACAAACUUGCGGGUCUGUUGCGUGUCGUCUGAUAUUGGUAUUUUCAUGACUUCCACAAUCGGAAAGUCCAGAGGUCCAAUCUUUUGUAUCAAGUCCACCGGCAACAUGUAUUCGAUCCUCCGAAUCUCGCACCCCAAGCGGAGAUCGGGCUUGUCGGAACCAUAGCGCGACAUGGCCUCGUGAUAGGUCAUGCGAGCGAACUUUUCUGGCAGAUCCACCUGCAGAAGGUCUGACCACAACAUCUUGAUGACCGAUUCCAUCACGUUCAUCACGUCUUCUCCAGUGGCGAAUGCCAUCUCCAGAUCGACCUGUGAGAAUUCUGGCUGCCGAUCGGCUCGAAGAUCCUCGUCCCUGAAGCACUUUGCAAUCUGCAAGUAUCGAGGAAUACCGCUCGCCAUCAAGAUCUGCUUGUACUGUUGUGGGCUCUGUGGCAAAGCAUAAGCCAUGCCUGGACUUCUCGAUGGUACCAGAAAUUCGCGCGCGCCCUCUGGGGUCGAUUUGAAAAGCAACGGUGUCUCGACCUCAAUGAAUCCAUGUCGAUCACCGAGUUCGUCUCGAAUCUUGCGAGCCACGCGGCUGCGGAAGGCCAGGGCGUUGCGGAGCUCGGCAUCGUUGCGAAGCUGCAAAUGUCGCUGUUCUGCGGGGAAUACGGUAUCCUCAUUCAUGAUGAUAUCCUUAGGAAAUUCAUUCAGUGGAGUCACCUUCUCGACCUUCACUUCUGCGCCAGUGAUUAGGGUCCCUGGUCUUCCGGGAGAAGUAGUGGCCCGAGGCGCCUUGCGUGGUUUAACAGUGCCGGUGAUGGCCACGGGUGUAUGCUCUGCAAGCAGCCGGAGCUGCUGAUGGGCGGUGUCGCUGCCUUCCUGUCCUUCUGUGAGAGUCGACACGAGCUGUAUGGAGGAUCCGAGGUGCAUGUCGCGAAGCUCGGCAAAGGUCAGCGUCUUGGAUGCAUCUCUGCGAGUACCCAGAUAGCCAUGUAGAACCACUUCGUGAUUCAGGAGCAAGUUGCAGUCCCGAAGAAGGUCAUCGAACGAGCAACUUGCUGCUGGGAAGUUCAGCGUCUUUUUGAAGUCUUGUAGAGCCCGAGGUAUCACGGACGGCCCAUCUGGAGAAGUAACAGCAUUGGUGGAGCGACAUCGAAAGGCUGGAUUCGGUGUCAGUGCCAGGCGAGGUUGCCAUCUACAUGUAAGCCAGGCAGCGCAUGAUGAUGAUGAUGGACCAUGGCAUCUCGAGGCUGCGCGAGCAGACGCUAGAGUAUGGCACCGGAGCGGCAGCAUCAAAUUCGCAUCAGAAUCGCAUCAAGAAAAUUGGAGUGAAUUGGAAGUGUGUACUUGGGGGAUCC